ACCGAGCAUCGCUCUCCUCUGCAGCAUAAGUCACUGUCUCGCCAACCACGCUGUGCUGUCCCUAAACCCUCACAUCUACCCAUCUGAGAGUCAGAUCGAGUAAUCCUCUUACAGGUCAAUGAUUUUUUGCAGUGUAGCUUCGUUUAAGGGAUUUAAGCUCGAUUCAUAAUGUGCUACCAUUGCGUUGAAAUGGAAAGGCUUGCUUAGAAGGGGCUUGGCUGGCACGAAAGCUACUCGUUGUGUGUCCCACCAGCACAGAGAGACGGUGGGAAGGAGGAAACCUAGCAGCAGUGCCAGCACUGCACUGAAAAUGAAGGCUCUCCUGUUACUGGUCCUACCUUGGCUAAGUCCUGCAAACUACAUAGACAAUGUGGGCAACCUGCACUUCUUGUACUCCGAGCUAUGUAAAGGAGCAUCCCACUAUGGCCUUACCAAGGAACGGAAGAGGCGUUCCCAGGACUGCUCUCCAGACCUUGGCUCCAGCUUAGCAGUAGCUGCCCUGGGCCCUGAGCUCUCAGCAGCUGCGGCCAUCGCCUUAAUGACAGAUGAGCCAGGGCUGGUGAACCCGGCCUUCAGCCCCACCUCAGAGGAGAGCCAGCUGGGCAGCAGCCCCGGAGACCUGCACCGCAGCAACCGGAACAGAACUCGACACUUUGAACGUUCCACUAUAAGAAGCAGAUCUUUUAAAAAAAUAAACAAGGCGUUCAGUGUUCUUCGAAGGACAAAAAGUGGAAGUGCCGUUUCCAACCAGACUGACCGGGAAAGGGAGACUGUUGGAAGCUCUGCUGCUGGAGAGGAAGGUUUUCCCAGGUUGUAUCACCUGAUUCCAGAUGGGGAAAUUACCUCCAUUAAGAUCAGCCGUACCGACCCCCAUGAAAAUCUGGCCAUUAGGAUUGUGGGAGGCAGUGAGACCCCUUUGGUUCACAUUAUUAUACAGCAUAUUUAUCGAGAUGGGGUAAUUGCCAGAGAUGGAAGAUUGCUCCCUGGAGACAUGAUACUAAAGGUAAAUGGCAUGGACAUCAAAAAUGUGCCUCACAACUAUGCCCUGUCAAUCCUGAAGCAACCCUGCCACGUGCUGCGACUGACGGUGCUCCGAGAGCAGAGGUACCGAUGCCGAAACAGCGGACUUUCCCUUGAUGCUCACUGCAAUAGGGAUGACAGCUUCCAUGUUGUGCUAAACAAGAGCAGUCCAGAUGAGCAGCUGGGAAUAAAGCUGGUCCGCAAGGCUGACGAGCCAGGGGUAUUUAUUUUCAACCUGCUUGAAGGUGGCAUGGCUGCUCGUGAUGGGCAGCUGCAGGAGAAUGACCGGGUGCUGGCCAUCAAUGGGCACGACCAUCGCUACGGCAGUCCAGAGAGCGCAGCCCAGCUGAUCCAGGCCAGCGAGAAGCAGGUGCACUUCGUGGUGUCGCGGCAGACCAGGCAGCAGCCCCCUGACCUCUUGCAGGAGACGGGCUGGAGUUCCAGUGCUGGCAGCUCGCAGCCGUGCCCCGCCGAGAGAAACAACCCUGGCAAGAGCACCCUUCACACUGUCACCUGUCAUGAGAAGGUGGUGGCUGUCCGGAAAGAUCACACAGAAUCACUGGGAAUGACUGUGGCAGGUGGAGCAUCUAACCGGGAAUGGGAUUUGCCUAUCUAUGUGAUAAGUGUGGAACCUGGAGGAGUGAUCAGCAGAGACAGCAGGAUAAAAACAGGUGACAUCCUCCUGAACGUGAACGGCAUCGAUCUGACGGGAGUCAGCCGGAGUGAGGCUGUCGCCCUGCUGAAGAACACCAACUCCUCAGUGGUGCUCAAAGCCCUGGAGAUGAGAGCAUGUGAAGCCCAGGAGGAGCGGGGUCACCUACCACCCCCUGAGGACACACAGGUGACCUCUGAGAGCAGCGAGUGGUCACCGUCCUGGGUUAUGUGGCUGGGGCUGCCACGGUAUUUGUACAGCUGCAAAGAAAUUGUCUUACGAAGAAAUACAUCUGGAAGUCUUGGCUUCAGCAUCGUAGGAGGUUAUGAAGAACAUACUGGGAACAAACCAUUCUUUAUCAAAUCCAUUGUUGGGGGAACACCAGCAUAUAAUGAUGGCAGAAUUAGAUGCGGUGACAUCCUCCUUGCUGUCAAUGGCAGGAACACAUCAGGAAUGAUGCAUGCCUGCUUGGCAAGGAUGCUCAAAGAACUAAAAGGAAAAAUUACUCUCACAAUUGUGUCCUGGCCUGGCACAUUUUUAUAAAACAAGUCUUCGUGGAGAGUAUGACAAGUAUCUUAACAUGCGGGAAAAAAAAAUUAAAAAAGGAACACCAGUCUGCUUUUUUGGGGAGUAGAGUAUGUAUUUAUAAAGAAAAGGUUUGUGAAAUUUCAGCCUGCAUGUCAAGAAAAGUCAAGUUUAGGCAAAGCAGUGACACCUGUCAGAAAAUCACUUCAGAGUGAUCCAAGCUACAGACUUAAGUCCUUCCUUCCCUGUGUUCUUAAGGGUUUUUUGUUGUUUUUUUUAUACAUACCUAUAUAUCUAUUUAAUGCAUUAUAAUAAAAAUAAUGAAAUUUAUGGAGCAACAGCUUCUGCUCACCCACUUUAUUUUGAUUUACAAGAAGAAAACCUUGAAUAACUUAUGGAAAUAUUUCUUGCAAUUUUUCUAGUUGCAAUAAUCAGGUGAAGGUUUUUAUCCAACACGUUAAUAGCACUUUGAUUAUGUGUACCUUUUCAUGGUCAGCAUGAAGCUGGUAUUUUCAAGACUUUCAAGUACUGUUUGUUAGUCUGUAAAACUGUGAAUGAAAUUUCUAAAAUAAUUAAAAAUAAUUGUAACUGUG